GGAGAAAAUAAACUAGAAUCAAAAGCUAUGUUGGAUUAUUUUCAACCGUUAUAUAAUUGGUUAAAGAUGGAAAAUUUAGCAAGAGGUUAUCCUGUUGGAUGGAUAUAAUAAAACUUAUAUAUAAAUUUUCUUUUUAUCAAUCACUAUAUGUCUUUCUGUGAUAAUCAUCUAAUAAAUAUUUACUAUAUUUCGGAAAUUAUGGAAAAUAAACUUUAUCGAUUAUAAAAGUAUCUAAAAUAAUUCACUAACAAUAGUCUAUAUGUAAAUCUGUAUUAGAUAAAUUGAUACAUCACUGAGAAAGUAGUUUUAUUUAUAAAUCAAGAGAUAAUAGUAGAUAAGUGAAGUAUAAUAACUAUAUGAUCAUAGGAACCCUCACAAUAACUGCAAGACUGAUAAUAAGACUUUUGUUUCGUUUUAUUUCUCUAGUACUUAUUUUUAUUCAGAAGGCUAUUCUCAAACAAUAUGAUAAAAUCCAAGUAUAAAUAUAAUAUAUUAUAUUAUAUACAUAAAACAAAAAAAUAUUCUUGUGUCUAUCUGCUGAUGAUCUCCUGUAUAAAUAGAAAUUGAUAUAUCAUAUUUCUCUGAUUUAUUGAAUAAUAAAAACGUUCAUAUGUAUUUCUCUUUUUAGCUGUUUUUUUUUGUUAUGUAUUCAUGGUUAUCAAAUAGAGUAUUUAGUACAGAAUAUGAUUUUUCAUAUUGUCUCUGUUGAGGUCAGAAUGACAGAGGAGUGAGUGAGUGCAAACUCGACAAUGGCAAUAGUUAGCGACUUGUGGUCUUUAGCCAUUGGAAGCGAAGGACUUCGGAUGUCUUUUUGCUUGAUAUUAUAGAAGAUAAACUAUUUUGAAAUUUCAUCAACUUCAUAAAAUAUUUUAAAAAAUACAUGAAAAUAGUGUUUUUUUUUUUUUGAUGUAAUAUUGAGGUUGUGAGAUAUGCUUUAAGUAGAGAAACUUUAGAUUUAUCUUCUCGUAUCUCAAUGUGGAGCAAACAAUUUGUGUAUCUAUUGGAUCGAAUUAUGUAGAACUCUGUUGAUUUAUAGAAAACUUAGUCAGUGUGUAAUCAGGAUGUGGGUCUCCUAAACAAUGAUCCAAUUUCGAUCAGAAAAUUUUAUUGAAAGUAUCAAAGCAGGAUUCGAUCGCGUCUGAAAAUUGUGGACUUGCUGUACUCGAAUCUUGACAUACUCUUUCACACAUAGAAAAUAAAGUGUGUAGAAUGAAGAUCCGAAGAGAACUUUUUUCGCUUAUCUAUAAACUAAUUUUCGUUCAGGUCCACAACUUAUGGGACACUCUAUAUAUCAUUUCUAGAAGUCAUUCAAUCUUCAAAAAAAUAAUAUAUGAUAAGCACAUUUCUAGUUGUAUACAGAUAAAACAGCAGGAUAACUGAGAAAAAAACUCAAAUUCAAAAUAAAUAUGACUUUCUAGUCAUUCAAGACGAAUAGUUCACUUAUCGCCUAUUGCUCAUCUCCAUAUAGUGAAAUGGCUUUGCCAUAAUUAACGUCUGCAUACACUAUUCCAAUGGUUUACUCAACAUCAACUCUACUUGAUUAGUGCCAGACGGCAAUGAAUUGAAAACCACAAACAACUUAUAAUAAUUGUUCGAAUAUUCGAAUACAUCUCACGUGUGCCCCCUUCCUGUCUAGAAAUGUUUGACUUCACCGAUAUUCUCUUUUUCCUCUGAUAGCCCCAUUUUUCUUCAGCAAUCUUUGUGGGUGGCAUGUGAUGAUAACAAAGACAAUACGAAAACAUAAUAAAACCUUUUUUGUAGAAAAAAAAAACAAGUUUGAACAUUUAUCGUACUAUAUAAUUUUAGCAUGAUUUUGUGGCAUAGCAUGUUAAUAGACGAUGAUACAUGUGAAUGAUAUUUUUAUUAUACAUAUGGACAGAAAGAAAAAAAAAGUGCAGAAGCAAAGGGAAGAAAAAAAAAUGCAGAGGUCGAUCGAAUAAGGGUAGCAGAGAAUCUCUUUCUCCUAACAUGUUUAGAUGUAUACAAGGAAUAAGACGAGAACGAGCAUGAAAAUAUUCGAAUGCAACCCUUAACAUACAAAGCGUGAUUGUAUACAUCCAUAUCAAAGAUAUGAUGAAAAAAUAAAGCAUGGUACAACUUAUUUGAUUUGAAGCUUAUCAAUAACAAGCAAUAGGCACCAAAAAAAAAUACAACGGUUGAUUUACUGUUAGUUGAAAGGCAAAAACAGCACAUUGGUUGAAAUACAUCAUGUACAUUUUCAUACUUACUUCGUUUUCCUUUUCCUCCGCUCUAUUCAGGUGUAUACGACGAAAAAAAAAGACAUACAGUAAGUAAAGUGUCUUUUAUAACGAUAUAUACAUCAUAGCAACAAUACAAAAAAACGUGAAAAAUAAUAAUUUUAUGAAAAAUUAUUGUUUUAGAUUUUGAUGAAAAUAUGACGAAUUUUAUUAUUCUUCUUUUAUUUAUCUCUUCGUUUCAAUUCUCAAUAUCAAAUCGAAAACAAAAUCAUUAUGAUCAAAAACAAUUCGAAGAAAUUAUUGAGAUUUUAAAAAUAAAAUUUACAGACGAGCUGGAAGAACUAAUAUCAACUAAUUAUAAUAUAGAACAUCACAAUGAUAAUCCUAAGCAAUCAGAAAAUUAUGAAUCUGAAGUUGAUUCUAAUGAUCAUGUUGAUAUUAAAUUAUGGAAUAAACUAAAUGAAAAAGAUAUGAAAAAAAUGCCAGUCAUUGAUGAUUAUUCAGAUGAAGCUAUGGCUAUGCAAUGGUUAACAUGGUAUAUUCCCAUUGAACAACGACAUAGUCAAAUAACGACUCUUCUCAAUUGGAAUUAUGAAACAAAUAUAACUGAAGAAAAUCAAGCAGCAAUGACUGCACAAAAUCUUAUUCGAUCACCAUUUACUCGUCUAACAUUACCGAUAGCAAAAAAAUUUAAUGAACAUAUGAAAUAUUCAAAAGAUGAUGA